AUGGAUAAACCCGAAGUCUCUGGCGACAAUAAACUAGUUGAAAGUAGCGACAUAGCAGCUGAAAGAAGCGACAGAGGAGACAGAAGCGACGUACCAGCUGGAUGUAGCCAUGCAACCCAACAAGAGAUUGUUGCGAAUUUCUUCCAUUAUAUCAACCAGAAGCAAAUCGAUGUGGUGUCAGACAUCAUUGCAAAUGGUUUCGUCACUCCAGAUACACCAAAUCAUCAAGGCGAAACGCCUCUUAUAAAGGCUGUCACCAACAAUGAUGCAGCCAUGGUACGCCUUUUAGUAUCGCUCGGAGCAACAAUCGAUGGUUAUGGCUCCUACUCGCAGGAUAGCCAUCAUACCAAAUUUCAGCGAACGCCUCUCCAGGUUGCAGCCACAGAAGGCAAGCUUGGCAUUGUCAAGAUAUUGCGCGAUCUCGGUGCCGACGACUCGCUUGUUGCUCCAGAUGGUGCAAUGGCACUUCGAUUAGCUGCUGAGAAUGGCCAUCGUGAAGUAGUUGAGCAUCUCCCAACUCGACGCGGUGGUGCUUGGAAGAGAUGGAAGAUGACGCACGAGAAGCAGAUGCGGCUUAUUCGGCGUAUUAUGGAGAAGAUCGGAUCAGUCUUCAAGUUCCUCUUCUGGACCGUCCCCAAAUUCCUUCUCUGGACAGUUCCGAAGCAUAUCAUUCUGACUGUUCCCAAGGCUAUUUUUGUGACUUUGCCUAAAGAAAUAUGGCAACGUCGACAUAAAGUCGGGCCUUGGUGCAAGCGGCAAAUCACAAAGUUUCCCGGCCGCAUGAAGAAGGCAGCCAAACUCGCCGGUCGGGGAAUUAAGGACGCAGGAAAGGUCAUCCAAAAGACGCCAGGCAAGAUAUGGGAGAUUAUGAAGCGCAUACCCGGCGCUUUGUGGAUUAUCAUAUCGUGGAUUGGCAAAGGACUUGGCAAGGUUGGUACCGCAGCUUUCAAUGUCCUGAAGCGAGUCGCUUCAUUGCUUCACACGACGAUUCAAGCUGUGGUAGGCUUUUUUCGAGCAAUUACACUGCAUGAUAUUGCCAACGGCCUCCGUGCCAUUUUCCGAGCUAUAUUCAUCGACUUUCCAAAAGCCGCUGCGUACUUCAUCACGACGUUUGGAAAGACAAGUCUUAAAGUGCUCGGAACUGUUCUAGGUUCUUUUGGAAAGGGGAUUUUCUAUUCCUUCGCCCUGGUAUUCUUACUGAUUCGCUGGUUACCUACGAAGAUCUGGGAGAUACUAGUAGCCUGUGGAGUUUCCAUCGGGAAGGGAGUAGAGGAGAUAUUGGUGUGGAUAAAUCCAAAGAGGAUGUAAUACGAAGAAGAGAGGAAUGAUUGUUAUUUUGGCAGUGGAGUCAUGGCGUUUGAUAUUUCUAUAUUUAUGUACACUAGAAGGGAGGGUGUCUAUUAGCCCAGUAUUGCUGCCAUUUCACUCC